AUGCCGUCCACCUUGGUCGUCGAGCUGCAGCAGAAGCUCUUCAAGCGCAUGGGUCUUGAUGCCCCGGGACUGGCCCAAGUACCAAAUUCAAAUCGCAGAACCGGCGUCCCCAAGGGGUUUUCACGAAAAGACAAGCGAAAGGCAGAGAGGGCGCAAAAGAAGACUCAAAGAUAUUCGCGGCAAACGCAGUUACCUCAUACCGCUCGACCAACCCACGACUUCGAACAUGCAGAAGAAGAGGCAUUGCCAGAAUCCAACGAACAAGUUUUUGGGUCGGAUAAUUACGACCCGGAGAGCACCCAGCAAGAGCCAUCACCGCCUCCUUCCAACGAGCCAGAAAGGCGGAACGGCCUAUCCAAGUCGAUGCGGGAGAGGCUGGCCCAGGACGACGCCGAAAUCGAAGCGCUUGAAAGAAAGCUCGGAAUCAAGAAACACCGCAAGUCCCUGCCCAAGGCAUUCCAGGACGACGGACUAGAUGAGAUUCUCGGCAAUACGGGGGGGGGCGUCUCAGACAGCGACGACGAGUCCAACAAGCGCAAGCGCGACUUUGAUGAUUGGCUAUCAUCGAAAAGGAGAAGAACGAUAUCAAAGCCCGACGGCCCGGCCAAGCGAGACGGCAACACUCGAGAACAAGACUCCAACCAUGACGACUUCCCCACCGACUCCGAUGAGAACGACGGAGGGGACAGCGACGAUGAGUCGUUUAAGAGCUUCAAGUCUGACGGGGAUGCUGCCGUUCCUGUCCAGCCGCGACAGAGGGAGAACCCCUAUGUUGCUCCCACGACUGGCGUCGUGGUCGCGAAAUACAUUCCGCCAUCGCGGAGAAUGGCCCCGGCAUCGGGAGACGAGGCGAGAGAUCGUCUGCAGAAGCAGAUUCAGGGCCAAAUCAACCGUCUCACCGACAGCAACAUUCUGUCCAUUGUCCAAUCCAUCGACGACAUAUACCAGCACAAUGCCCGCGGCGACGUUACCGAGCUACUGACCGACGCAAUCAUGGCACAAGUGUGCAGGCCCGAGAGCCUGCCCGAUCAGUUUUUCGUUCUGACGGGGGGUUUCUCCGCGGCAGUUUACAAAAUCAUUGGUUCCAGCUUCGGAUCCCAUCUCGCCCGCCGCGUGGUCAAGGAAUUUGGAGAUGCGUACGGGAAGGCCAGCCAGGAAACGGAUGACCAGGGCUUCCAUCGGAAGGAAACCUCCAACCUAGUCACGUUUCUCACCCAACUUUACAUGUUCGAAGUCGUGGGGUGCAGGAUACUUUUCGACUACAUGGAGCGACUGCUCAAAGAAAUUACGGAAGUCAACGUCGAGUUGUUGGUCCGCAUGUGUCGCAUGGCCGGUAGGCUGCUGCGGAGAGACGAUCCGCAGGCGUUGAAGCAUGUUUCAGGGACAUUGAGCCAGGCCGUGUCCAAGGUCGGAUACGCCAACGUAUCUGCCCGAACCAAGUUCAUGAUUGAGAUAAUCAAUGAUCUUAAAAACGGCAAGCCAAAGGCCAAAGGGCUGGACUCUGCUGUUGUCUCGGAACACGUCCUACGCAUGCGGAAACGACUUGGCGAUCUCAAGUCCCAAUCGCGGAGGCUCGACGGGCUUGCCGCAAUGGGCAUGGGCCUGGAUGACAUCGAAGGCGCCGAUACGCAUGGGAAAUGGUGGCUUGUGGGAGCCAGCGUGCCUGUCUAUCGCGAGGUGCCUGAGCGAGCCAAGAGCCUGGCCAAGACGAGGACUGGAGGCGACAGCGACACGACGGACGACGAGGACAUGGAUUUUGUCCUGCCCGAUUACCCCAGCAAGGCUCGCGCGCAAGGUCUCGGCACGGGAGCCCAAAUUUCCAUCUUCACGGCACUCAUGUCCGCCAACAGCCAUGAGCAGGGUUACCAGCAAUAUGCGAAGCUCAAGCUUAAGAAGGACGAGCAGCUUGAAGUUGCACGGGUGCUUGUGCAGUGCGUGGGCAGUGAGAUGCAAUACAAUGAGUACUACGGACUGGUAGGGAGCCUAGCCUGUGCGAACGGCAGGGUGAGGUUUGCUUUUCAGAAUCGCCUGUGGAAGCUGUUUCGCGGUCUCGGGGAGUCACUGUUUGGCGAGGGUGCCGAUGAGGAGGAGACGGCGGACAGCGAGAGGAUGCAGGACGAGCGACGGGCGGGCCAUGUCGCGCGCUUCUACGCAUCUCUGGUGGCCAAUGGCGCGCUGAGCAUCAGUAUCCUGAAGCCGCUGCAGCUCCCCGAGCUGAAUCGGAGGACCUCGGCGUUUGUGGAGCGCUUCAUGGUCAGUCUGCUGCAGGAGUGUCGGGGUAAGAGAGCCGUGGGGGGUGCCAGCGUCGAGAAGGCGUUUGGCCCGGCGAAGGAGCUGCCAUCCCUCGCGGCCGGCAUAUACUGGUUCUUGAGCAGCAAGGUUCGCAAGUCGAAGCUGGUCGAAGCCAAGGAGGCCAAGGGACUUGUUCGAGUGAGGGAGAAGGCCCAGACAGUUGUCCAGGCAGCGACGGCCGACGACGGAUGCUAG